AUGGUAAAUGAUUUGAACCCUCCUGCAUCGAAGGCACUAGAACUGCUGCAUAAGCUUGCUUCAGAUCCAGGAAUUGUUGCAAUUAUGAAUAAGCAUCGUUGGCGGGUGGGAAUUUUGACUGAGAUGGCACCUGAAGGUUAUGUUGGAAUCAGUCCUGAGUGCAUCCUUGGUUUCAACAAGAAUCAUGGAGAAGAGAUCUCACUCAGACUUCGAACUGAUGACCUCAAGGGUUUCAGGAAAUAUGAAAAAAUUAAGAAGACUCUUUUGCAUGAGCUAGCACAUAUGGUAUUUUCCGAGCAUGAUUCAAAUUUCCUUGCUCUGGAUUCACAGCUUAACAAAGAAGCUAUUACUCUCGAUUGGACUAAAUCAAGGGGUCACACUCUUACUGGAGGUACCCCUUCCAAACAGUAUGAUGAGGAGUUUGACCCCGGCAGUAAUGUAGUUUCAUCACACAAGCUUGGAGGCCGAGUUUCUGUUCUUCCUACUGCUCGUGCUGCUUCAGCGUAUGCAGCUUUUGCUCGUUUGGCUGACACAUCCACUCCUCUUUCAGGGUCAUCUGUGGCACCUGAUCCAAAUAUCAACGACAUUCCAAAUGAGUCUAAACCUAAUCCAGAUGGCUGUGAUGGAGAAUGAUUACAUGCAACUUGAGCCUUACACGGGAUCAGGGCGAGACCACCUUGAGUCUGCCUGAGAUGAACAAUCUAAUAAUCCCAAUGAUUCCGGGACUAGUCCCAUUGAAUCCAGCCUUGAUGGAGAUUUUGACAAAAGGCUCGCUAUACUAGAACCUGAACUUGAUAGUGCUGAAGCAGACCCAAAUCAACCAAGAGAUCAAAACGCUGGGCCGAUUCAGAUGGACUUGACUUCAGAGUUACCAAAUCAUGCAAGUGGGACUCCUGGUGAAGCACGUCCAAGCAAUUCUCAUCCAGAAGAGAUUAAAACAGAGCCCGAUUCCAGUGGGUUGGCAAUAAGAAGCCACAUCACUGAACCUGAUCUUGAUGAUCCUGAGCUGUGGAUGAUUCAAGACCCUGUUACCGAGUUUUGUGAUCGUCUUCAAAGUGCUGUGCAGUCAUUAAAAAAUGAAGCUAUGCCCUCGGUAACUGAAAGGGUUCUACAAACUUUAAUCAAGAUAGUCAGUAACGCAAUGGAAUACCCGAAUGAUGUGAAGUUCAGAAAACUCAGAAAGGCUAAUCCAUUAAUCCAAAGAAAUAUUGUUACUUACAAAGCUGCUAUGGAAACACUCAAACUGAUCGGCUUCCAUGAACAAGCCAUCGUCGUCGAAUCAGGGAACACUGAACCUUAUUUUGUGCUCCAAAGAAACGAUCGAGGCUUGUUGUGGCUUGCCAAAUCAUCCCUCGAGACAUGCAUUUUGUAGCUGCAGGAACGGGGUUCAUCUCGUCCAUAUACAGACACACUGAGAAUGGUUUGGUGUUGCAGGAUUUGUUGUUUAUAAUAUUUACAUUUUUACUACUGUAAUAGCAUCACCAUUCAAGUGGUUUGCAAGAGCCAUUUAUGUAUAAUAUGAACUGAAUUCGAAAUAAAAUGUAAACAUUCAUUUCGUA